ACCGGAAGUCGGCAGCGGAGGAGAGAGAUUUGCGGCCAUGGCGUCUGGAGUGGAGGCUGAGGCCCGCAGGCAGACCCCCAAAGAUGAGGAAGAGGAGGAGGAAGAGGAGCGGCCCCUGACCGCGGCGGAGGCCCUGGCUGCCCAGAAGCGAGAGGAGAGAUUAAGGAAGUUCCGGGAGCUGCACAUGAAAAGGAAUGAGGCCCGAAAGCUAAAUCAUCAGGAGGUUGUGGAGGAAGAUAAAAGGCUCAAGCUGCCAGCAAACUGGGAGGCUAAGAAGGCUCGUUUGGAGUGGGAACUUCAAGUCGAAGAAAAGAAGAAGGAAUGUGCCGCAAGGGGGGAAGACUAUGAACGAGUGAAACUAUUAGAGAUCAGUGCUGAAGAUGCAGAAAGAUGGGAGAGAAAAAAGAAGAGGAAAAACCCAGAUCUGGGCUUUUCAGACUAUGCAGCUGCUCAGUUACGCCAGUAUCAUCGGUUGACCAAGCAGAUCAAACCUGAUAUGGAAACAUAUGAAAAACUGAGAGAAAAACAUGGAGAAGAAUUCUACCCAACAUCCAAUAGUCUUCUUCAUGGAACACAUGUACCUUCUACAGAGGAAAUUGAUAGGAUGGUUAUAGAUCUAGAAAAACAAAUUGAGAAACGAGAAAAGUACAGUCGGCGACGUCCUUAUAACGAUGACUCUGAUAUUGACUACAUUAAUGAAAGAAAUGCCAAAUUCAACAAGAAAGCAGAGAGAUUCUAUGGAAAAUAUACAGCUGAAAUCAAACAGAAUUUGGAGAGAGGAACAGCUGUCUAAACUUCAGGAAAUGUUGAACAUGAUAGUAAAUCGAGCCUUCGGGUAAAUUGCUACCAGUGAACUGUACACAUAAAUGAGGAUUUAUACUCUUGUAUUUAACACUCAGAUGCAUUUAUAAGUUUGUGUAUUUUCUUACUUCAAAGUAAUGCUAUUUUAGGAAAACUGCAACUUGUAAAGAUUUAACCAAUCUUAGUAAGGAAACUUUCCCCAUCUCUGAUAUUUACCAGGCUAGGAAACCAUGGACAAAAUCAUUUAAGCCUAUAUUUUCAGUUGUAAAUGGGGAUAAUGAACUAGUUCCUACCUCGUAGGGCUGUUGAAGGGCUAAAAUGAGAAUGUAUAUAUGAUGUUUUGUAAACUUAUAUAUAAAGUGCUACAUCAGAGUCGU